GUAUCUUAUUCGGUGUCGCGAAAAGGAAACCUCCGCAAGAAGUAUGCGCGCCUGUCCCAGCGUCAGCUGUAAAUUACAAUUCAUAAACGACUCGACUCGUUCAAAUACCGAAUAUCUAUCCCCUCGUGACUGCUCGUUGACGCAGUUCCGACACCUACUCCGCAUCGUCUACGUCGACGAGUCUGUCGCCAAGCGCCGGUUGUUCGCCUCGCUUACACUCGCCCGUACAAACGGGUACACCCGCGACACGAAUCCACCUUCCGCGUACCUACGUCGACGGGCAUACGCGCGGCACUCUACACUCCUCAAACAAAGCUAAUAAUAGCUAUUCAGGCAGCCUUUCGUGCGUCUACAUGAGGCAUAAUAAUACGUCCCCGGACCACCAUGUAUAAUACUUCCGAGAGAAACUUCGAGUGCGUCGAAGAGUUGAAAAAUUUUGGAAAGUUUUGGUACAUCGUAGACCCGUACGAGACGUCGUUCGAACGACCCGAAGAUGUGCCCGAUUACUACUCGCAGGUCUGGCUAUCGUUUCUCGUACUCGUGAUGCUCGAGCAGGUGAUAUUGUUCGCUGGAAAGAGGAAACCGUUUCGAAUGAACGAUCAAGUAACGUCCCUUUCGCACUGGAUGUUCCAAGAGUCCGUACGUAUUGCCUCGCGAGGUGCGGAACACUGGUCCUACAUAUUCAUCUAUGACAAUUUUCGCCUCUGGAGUUUGGCUUGGGACAACCCAUGGACUUGGUACGCCGCCGUAAUAGGGGUAGAUUUUUGUUACUACUGGGUACACCGGGCGAAUCACGAAGUCCAUUUCCUUUGGGCGCAGCAUCAAGUUCACCACAGCAGCGAGGAGUUCAAUCUGGUCGUUGGUCUUCGACAGUCGAUUUUCCAGCAUUGGUUGACAUUCAUAUUUUAUUUGCCCUUGGCGUUAUUUUUACCACCGUCGCAUUUUGUCGCCCAUCAUCAGCUCAAUUUGAUUUAUCAAUUAUGGAUUCACACCACAGUCGUUAAGGACUUGGGGAUACUCGAGUAUCUCCUCAACACGCCGAAGCAUCAUCGCGUGCACCACGGUUGCAACUUGUACUGCUUGGACAAGAAUUACGGUGGAGUUCUGAUAGUCUGGGAUAGGCUUUUCGGUACAUUUAUGGAGGAACGGGUAGGAGAGGAAAUCAUUUAUGGGCUGGUGUCGAGCCCGAGAUCGUUUAACCCGAUGUACUUACAGACUUUUUACACCGAAGCUUUGAUCGGCAAAUGCGGGGAGAUGAAAAGUCUCCGUGACAAAUUGGCGGUAUUCUGGAAAGGUCCGAGUUGGUUUCCCGGAGCGCCAAGACUGGGCCUCGACGAAUUCAAAAUCAACGUGACUUCCAGGUCGAUUUAUAACGUCAAAACACCAGGUUGGAAAAACAUUUACAUCGCCCUGCACUUUGGUCUAGUGUUCUACGCUCACCGGCAACUUUGCACCGAUAAGGGGAGUCUCACAGGGAUAACGACCAGCGGUGCGAUUAUAACGAACAACAUCUUCGCGCUGACGGGGAUCGGUAUGUUGUUCGACGAUAGCAAAUACGCCGCUACCGUUGAACUUGCGCGAUGCCUGCUAUUCAUUGCCGUAUUUGAACGUAUCGCGGGAGACGAAGCGAUAUUCGCAACGGCGUAUCUGAACGUCGUGUCCUACGCCCAUAUCGCUUCUUGCUGCUUUUGGGUUGUUUACAUUUUUUGGGUAUCAAAAUUUCCGUAGCUUGUCAUCUUGUCGUUGGUUUUCAACCGCAUAGAGAACUCUUUCACAAACGAGGUGUGUAUAACCGAUUCGAGGGUUUAUAAAACAUGGCAUAAUUUUAAUACAACACUAUCAAUAUAAUACAAGUUGAAAUAUUAUGUAAAUAGGUUUUGAAAUAUAAAUUUACAAAUCCCUUUGAAA